AUGCGAUGCGCUGCCGAAGCAGCAAGAAAAGCGGUUGCACGCAUGCAUGCAGCCGAGGAAGGUUCUACCCUUGCUUCAGCAGCAAAUGAUCCUUCGCCUUCAUGUGCAAUCCAGCAACAGGCGAUGCCUGUUGUGAACAAUUCACUUGGUGAGUCGCCACGUGCGACAGAUACGUCCGCUGCGGCUGCAGUGGGUACUGCGAAUCUCAAUGUAGAUGAGCCUGAAAUAGAGCUUAUCUAUUCUGGCGAGUCGGAUGAUGCAUUCGACUCGAAGGCGGGGCCUUCUGCCUCCGGGUUAACUGGGACGGACACUGCAAGAGCCAGGAUGACUGGCUCUGGGGACGUGGUGGCAUCAUGUCUGGAAUCUUCGGACCUAGCAAUUCGCCUAACGAAUCUUUGUCGGAUGCAAGUCCAUCCCCCGACAGGACGCGUGGUAAUAUUGGUGAUGCCCCAGUGCAUCGCCACGAGAGAAGCAACUCGAGGUGUCGAGCUGCCACUGGUUUCAGUGCUCAUGCUGACACCACUCAAGAGACUAGGGACCGCAAUUUACUGCGCCAAGCUCCUUAAGUGGAGUCUCCUUGGAUGCCUUCAUCCAAGGAGUUAG